AUGCGUCCGACAGAGGACAAAUAUGCAGGGCGGAAACCCACCCGCAUAAUCUACCUGCCGCCAGAGCACCGCCCGGAUAUCACCCCUCAUAGUGUUCGGCAAUAUUGCGACCAAUGGACAAAAGAGACGGGUUGUGGAGUCGUCCCCGUCUUCCGUUAUCGUAAACUGGAGCGGUUCGAGCUCUUUGGCUCAGGCAGCCAAGUAGAUGCCGCCACUCGCUCUGUCAACAAAUGGGUUGAGUAUGCAAAAUCAAAGAGGGGUGGAACACUAGGCUGGCACAAGCUGUCGGCAUUCGACGUCAAUCGGGGGUAUUAUGAUGAAAUCAAUGACAUGGAGGCAGAUCGGAAGCAGAUGUUCAGGUCCGCGGUCCCAGAGGGGAUGAAUCUGCCCUGCAAGGUUACUGUUCCAUGGCCAGAGAAGCUCCUGAAAGCGAGCAACACAAUUACCCCAAGGGAUGCAUUUGGAAACAAGCUAGAGAACCUUGACGUUAUACGCCAGUCUGACGAGGUUUUUAUCACGCUCCUGCCCCAAGGAAAUCCGCCCUGGCAGGUCGAGAUACAGGGCUUCGCCGAGGCGAACGUUCAAGCUGCGAAGGAGCAUUACCUUAACCUGGUCGCUAAGAUUGAGAAGAAGGAAUUCUCGCAAUCUGAGACUACAAACCUGAUAUUAGACGAGGAGGAAGGAACGCAGGUGGUGUUCCAGCCACCACCUACCUGGUGGCCAGCUAGCUCAGGAAUUGUUCCCCGACUAGUGACCUCACUGAUGGACGAUGCCGGAGAAUUCCGCAACAGACCAUUACAUGCUGUACGGCUUACGCAAGUGGAGGAUGAACUCCUUGAAGCUCUAGGCAGUAUCCGUUAUGAACCUGGGUCAUACGACUUCGCUAUUCGAUUAGGAUGUAUGGCCCUUCGCGGAGGUUGGAACCAGGACCGCGUGCUUAGAUACGGAGUGGCUCUGGCCGACCUUAAGAGGUUUAUGGAGGGCACGGUUUCUUGUCAGACCAGGAAAUGGCUCUUUGAACAUAGUAACGGAGUUCAGGUUCUCCAAUCUUUGAUGGACCAUGAUGAUACCCUAGAACCUGUGAAGACUGGCGACGGCUUCUUCGGUGUCGCUCCAUCCUCUCUCCAGGAAACACGACCAGGAUUCAGAGCUACAUACGUUAUAGAGGAUCCCAACCAGCCAAACCCUAGGGACAUGAUGCCAGUACCCCGCAAUCCUGGAAGGCCUCUACCUAGAGCUAGUGCUGCAGGUGCACCCCUACCUUCCACUCGCAACUGUGUUGUGGUACAGGUUGACUGGACCGAGGACGAAGACGGCGGUUUCGAGAAGAUGGAGCCGAAGUUUUUCAAGCUGAAAGCAGGCAGCUUGAGUCCUACAGAGCACAUGGACAUCAAUCUCAUAGAGCUCGCUGAAUCUAAGGUUUGGCACUUUGGGCUAGAAUCCAUGAAAGUCAUGCACAAGUCGACCGUAUCACCAGUCUUGAAGACGUUCGCCCAAGGGGUGAAACUCCAUCCCCAACGUACUGGACAGGAUUGCCUAGAAAGAUUCGCUUCUUACACGCCGAAUCCAAGUGCGCGGAUUGUCUAUAGCCGCCUUGACAAGGUUUAUACCUUUGGCAUAACAGGUACUGGGUAUCGGGUGGAGUUCACAGCCAUGUGGUACCCAAGUCGAGGCACGCCAUUAUGGGGUCUUUCUGUUCGCCACAUAGAGUGGCCACUUCAUUUGCAGGAGCUAGAGAAUCUCCAGCCAGGUGGUUCCGCACAGUGGAAGAUGGAUUUGGUGAGGCUGUUCUUCCCAGAGGACGGAGUGACGUCGAAGGAGCAGCAGAAGGGCGACGGAGAUAGCCCUCAUGGGAACGGAGUCAAACUUCUCUUCGAAAGGUUGAUGAAGCUGUCGAGCAUCAUCAAGGCAGCCACGCCGGAGCCAGCACAGCAUGUCCGCACGCUUGGAGAUGGCCUUGCCAAUCUGAAAUUGGUCGAUUUAGAAGAUUAACGUCCGACUGAGACCGUUGUUCUUCAGCAAUCGGAUUGUGGGGCAGCACCAACUGGUAGGACCUAACAAGGGAUGACGGCAGGGUUUUAUUUCCCAACGAUUCUCUAGCUUGGGACAGGGCAGAUGUCAUGAGAUCUCGGACGUCAUGUGCUGCUUGAAGGAGAAAUGGCAUCCAUAGCUAGAGAAUUGAAAUAUACGAUCAAACAUGUGCUCUCUGCGUGCAAUUGAAGGAGAACC